UUUCUACUCAUUGAAGGAAAACUGCCGGAUGUCGGCUACUGGAGGCACAUUCUCUGCCGCGCUUAGGCGGUCACAAGACUUGGACAUCGGUGAGCAAAAACAUCGACACGCUGACAGGUCAGCUAGAAGCUUACAGGCCCACAGAUUCUUCUCUUCUCUGCAUCCAACAUCCAACAAGUUAGUCCUUUGGAAAACUACUUUUCUGCGCGCUGCCGCGCCACCGUCUUUUUCGUUUAUUUUUUCAAUGGAAUAUUCAAUGGGGCUCUUUUUUAGAUGUUAAAUCAUUACUCUCUCUGUAAAAGGUCAUUUUUAUUUGGAGCUGAAUAAACCUGCAAAACUACAACUAGGGAUGUUUUGGUGCGUAAAGGAGGGGUGCAUGCCAAAGUGAGCGAAUGCCACUGGAAGAAAUUGCACCAAAGAUGCCAACAUUGCUUUACCACCCACACGAAAUCGAUUGUAUUACCUUCAGGAAGGUGGCUCCUCGUAUAAAUAGGGACGCGUUAUUUCAAGAAAGACGCUGGUGAGCACAAUCUGCCGGCUGUACUCUCUCUUCUAUCCGUACCAGAGACAACGCCUGGAAGGAUUUGCUGAAGACAACUGUGUCCACUCUCCAGGACAUAACCAACCUUAACUCCUAAACUAACAGUGAAGUCAUGCAGGUGGAGAGGAAAUGGCACAUUCUGUUGACUAUCUUCUUUCUGCUCAUCACCUCGGGCCAGUGUAUGGACAGCAAGGACGUCAAGCAGAAAGAAAGAAGGACCCUGUUGGAUCUAAUCUUACAGGUUAUCAGAGACAGCCAGCAACGGGACAAACUCAUCUCCAGACGCUGUAGCAGUGGACUCUUCACUUCAGCCCAAGACAUGAAGUCCUCCUCCCGUGAAAAGCCUUUCUAUGUUCCUAGGCUGGAUAACAGUAGACUCAUAGAAAUUGUUCCUAGAGAUGUAAACAUGAAAGGCAAAUUCAUUCAGCAUUUCACAGCAGGACCAGUCAAGUUCUCGUCGGAGUGCAGAACACACUUUCAUAGACUUUAUCACAACACAAGGGAUUGCUCAACACCAGCAUAUUACAAAAGAUGUGCAAGAUUGCUAACACGAUUAGCAAUGAGUCCGCUCUGCAUGCAAUCGUAGAUAUUGCAUGUCCCAAAAGAAUUGGAAGAGGGAUCAAUGUGUUGCCAAGGAAGUGCCUUCAAAUCCACAGCAGUCAUAUGAACAUUGUUGUGCUUAUAGUGUUUCCUUUUAGUUUUUUGUUCUUGUUGUCAUUAUUGAAAAGGCUGAUGGACAUUGUUGGUUUUUGACUGGAUGUGCUUUUUAUUUUUAAUGUACCUGUAUGUACCAUAUAUUUGUAAGGACACAUUAAUUUAAUAUUAAAUAAACAUAUUUAUUGAAAUGGUAUGUAUAUAAUAAUUUCACAGAUUAUUGUGGUUAUAAAAGUUAUAUCUGAUGGAGAGGAAGCUUUUCUGUUUCCCUCCUUUAUAUAUGAAUUCCUUUUCCACUAUUAUGCCGAUAUUAUAUUCUCAAAAAUGGUCUGAAAGAUUUGUCAUGCUCGUUCCUCGUCUUCAUUACAUUUUAUUUGGCACUUGAGUGAUUGCUGACAAUGAGAACAUGUGGAAUGACAUCAGUGGGGAUUAUGCACUGCAGUAUUGAACAAUAAAGAAUA